AUGUAUUUUGAACUUCACUGUUUCCAACUUUGUGUGUCUCCUAAGUUCCACAACCUCCAGGAAAUGCAGCACAAUGCGUCGUUGGUAACAAAGGUGUUCUUGCAGAGAGACUACAGCGAAGGAACCGUGUGCCGAUUUCAGACCAAGUUCCCCUCAGAGCUCAACAACAGGAUUGAGAGAGCUUUACUUGAACAGACGGUGAAGACCCUGAACUCCUAUUAUGUGGAGGCUGAAAAAAUUGGAAGUCAGUCGUACCUGGAAGGAUGUCUGGCUUGUGCAACAGCUUACAUGGUCUUCCUCUGCAUGGAAACACGCUACGAGAAGGUCUUGAAGAAAAUAUCAAAUUACAUCCAGGAGCAGAAUGAGAAGAUCUACGCUCCGAGAGGUCUGUUGCUCACAGACCCCAUAGAGAGAGGAAUGAGGGUUCUAGAGGUCAGUGUAUUUGAGGACCGGGGCUCAGACGGCUCCAGUCCCAGCAGCAGCCUGUCAUCAUGCAGCAGUGCCCGAUGACUGGAGGGGCAGCGCCAGGCUUACGGGUACCACCACAGGGGCAGCGGGACGCUUACCAAUAUUCGCAUGC